CUUGCUCCUCCUCGUGCCACUACAGUCUCCACUCGAAGCCGAGAGGAAAGAGCUCGCGGAUCGGGACCGGGUGGAGGGGUGCAGGGAGAGGGGAGAGAGGGGAGAGAGGGGAGAGAGAAGCCCCUCCCCGCAGAUCAUCGCUCUAUAGUCGAUGGUCCUUUUAACUUCAUUGUUGGAGAAGUAGCGACGCCCCGCUUUGCCACGGCGAAGGAUCAAGCACCCCCUGUGAUCAGCACGACCCCUCCGCCUCUGUUCUCAUGGAAAUCAGAGCCUGCCUCCCGGCCACACUUUCUGCACGGAUGCAAAGUUGAAGCAGCAGCAGCAGCAGCAGCAACAUUCCCGGCCGGGACAACGGAUGAUAAUGACGUGUCGGAGGAGCUGAUCGUUUCAUUUACCCCCCCUUUUUUUUUUUACAUUUUUAUUUUCCUGUGUGUUUCGUUUUCCUCACUGCUUGCUGCUGCUGCUCCGACACUUUCCAACAUGCUGGAUUUAGCGCGGUGCAUUGUUUUCUGCGCGCUCCUUCGCUGCGUUCACGCGUCGUGCCCUCCGCGCUGCGAGUGCUCGGAGGCGGCUCACACCGUGAAGUGCGUCUCCAAAGACCUGCGGAGUAUCCCGACCGGGAUCCCCGGAUACACCCGGAAUCUGUUUGUCACCGGGAACCAGAUCAGACGCAUCGGCCCGGAGUCCUUCAGAGGUCUGGAUAACGUGACCAACUUGUCCCUGAGUAAUAACAGAAUUUCCGAGGUGGAAUCCCACACGUUUGCCGGACUCCGCAGCCUCCGCUCUCUGGAUCUGAGCAACAACCAGCUGGCAGUCAUUCACCCCGAGGCCUUCACCGUCCUGAACCAGUCCCUGCGGGAGCUCAACCUGAGCCGAGCCCUCUACAACCACUCGUCGGUGAUGGACUUGGCCACGUCUUUCCGCUGGAGCUCCCUGGGGAACCUGCGGGGACUGGACCUGUCCGACAACGGCCUCAUCUAUUUGCCCUCGCGCAUCUUCUCCCACCUGACCAGCCUGCGACGGCUCCAGCUCUCCAACAACUCCCUGGUGGCCAUCCACAACUCCACCUUCUCGGGGUUGGAGCAACUGGAGGAGCUCGACCUCACGCUCAACGCCCUCAAGUCGUUGCCCGAGGAAGGUCUGCGAGAGCUGGACUCCCUGCCCACAGCUGACCUUCUGCUGGGGGAGAACCCGUUCACCUGCACGUGUGGAAUUGAACCUUUUGCUCUGUGGCUCAACAGAUCACAGGAACGCAUCAGCAACGCCGACGGCCUCGUGUGCGCCUUCCCGGCCAGCAUGAGGAACACAUCCCUGCUCGCUGUGGGCACCUUGACUCUGGGAUGCCACCAGAGGGAUGCGGGGGCAGACCUUGCUCUGCAGACCUCUUACGUCUUCUUGGGUGUCGUCCUGGGCUUCAUAGGCCUCAUCUUCCUAUUUGUACUUUAUCUCAAUCGCAAGGGCAUCAAGAAGCGGAUCUACGACAUGCGGGACGCCUGCAGGGAGGUGUGGGAGGGCUACCACUACCGCUUCGAGAUCGACUCUGACCCCAGGUUAUCGCAGGUCUCCUCGAGCGCCGACGUGUGACAGGACAAUCACCCCCCGGUGUAUUUUCUUAUGACUCUUUUCUAAUGCAUUUAUCAGUAGGAAAAUGUAAAAAUUGUACAGAUUAGUGUGUAAAUAUAUAAAUACAAUAGAGUUAAUAAUCUUUCAGCCUUGUUGAUUAAAGCAUGCACUGCCCGUCUUUCCUCAUUGCACAUGUAAAACUCUUCUUUAAUACAGAGUAUCUUGGAUUUCUUUGCUUUAACGGACACAAAUGUUCUGAACAGUAAUUUCUCACAUCCUCGCCUGCUCUUUAUGUUCACACAAAAGCAACAGUAAGUGCCUGGUAUUGUUUACUGAUCAUUUUACUGAUCUGGACCGAACUCACUUUCUACUUGGCACACUUUCAUUCAGCUCUCUGUGUCGGAUCUUUGUGUCCUCAUAUUUAACUUGUUAAAAAAAAAAAAAAAAAGCAACAAAACGCUGCAAUAAAAUCCUGACACUACAAAAACAAACCUCUGGGAAUUUAAAGCACAAUCACUCAUUCAUCUUUGAACCAUUUCAAGCCCUUUGGUCCCUUCUUCCUUCAGCCCCAGGGUGCCAGAGAGGAAUUAAGCCCCCCCCAAAAAAAAGCUUCACUAAAGCCCUCCUUAAAAUCACCACUUUGCUUUUCUCUGGAUGUUGGAUUGGACUGGAAGAGGAAGGGGGGGGGGGGGGUGACAGUUCAGCACAGACCAGCGGAAAUCUCCAAACCCCCUCCUUCUUUCUUUUUUUCUUUUUUUUCAUGAAACGUUGCUUUGUUUUAACUCCUUGAGUUUUUUAUUGUCAGAAUGAUGAGAACCAGUCCCGGGCUGCGGCUGCUGAAAGCAAUCUCCCUCCCUCCUUAAAGACAACAGCCGCUCCGGAGGCUCUUUGAAGGAAAACUCUCUGACUCUCCACGUUUUUCUGUUUAGGGGAUUUUUUUUUUUUUUUUUUUUUUUUUCCAAUGAUAAGAUACAGAUGAUUCUGAAACACCAGCUUCAUUGUUUCAUUCAGCAGUUUUCCUCUGACCUUUUUUUUUUGGCUGUUUUUUUUUCUUCCUCUCCACCUUUUACAAUCUUUUUUUUUUUUAGUGGAAAUGUGAAACCCCAGAGAUGUCUGUCAGAAACUGUCAAUCUUUCCGUUUUUUACAUGCAUGUUUCAAAGCGAAUUAAUCCACGACAAAUAUCAUAUGUGUCGUCUCUGUUCUUCUAAAUGGCUUCAUGACAAAAAGCAAUUCUCUGCGGUCUUUUGAUGCUACAAACAGGGGGAUGGCAAGCUGCCCAUUCCUCAAGUGUUUAUUGCCCAUAUUGUCAGCUAUCUAGGUAUUUGGUUGGGGGAUAAACUGAAACAGCCUCCCAUUGUUCGAAGCCAAAGUAGCAUCUUCAUCCCAUCAAGAUGUUCUCCAAGCUCCUGUGAAUGCAAUCCAGAACUUGUUUGUAACAUGGGAGAGUAAUUUUACCGCAUGUGGAAUGACACAAUAAAACUGUAGAAAAGUCGUGAUCUCUGUAGAGUCAUUUAGCGCAAAUGUAAUCUUGUGUGUUGGUGAAAACAGCUGAGAUGAAUGUAAAUCAUGAUCAUGUUUGGACUGAAGUGAAGGUAUCAUUCCUCCCGAGCUGCAGAACCACAUUAAGCCGGGCAUUUACUCGCCAAGGAGAAAACAAUUGCGGCUCGCAUGCUGACACAAAGGGGCGGCUCAGAUGGCGAGACGCCUUCAAAUAAGCUUUGUUCUCCGGCGCAGAAAGAUGCCUUGUGAUACUCAUUCUCUUUCUGCUUUCACAGACGCCCAUUAUGCCGCCGCGUAAUAGGAUUCACUCACGAUGACAAAGUUGAGCGCUCUGAUCCAGCUUUUGUUAAAGUGUCAUCAUUCUUAAUAUUUGCCUGUGGGAGAAAAUCCCGAGGAGAAGUUUUCAUUUGCUAUUACACAGUGUGUCACAACCCGGGGCAUUAAGCCGGCCACGGGUUAUUGGUGUCAAUUGGCGGAGCAGAAAGAAGAGAGAUUACUCCCUGGAUGUCAUUACUUCCGUUUCCUCUCAUUAAAGUGUGGAUUAGGAGGUGCCUUUUUUUUUGUCUUUUUAUGAGCCUGUCUGUUUGAAAAAUAUAUGGUCUGUUUGCUAUAGGCUGUGCAAAAUUGUCUCAGCAGGAAUGCAAUGAAAAGAGAGGAACCCUGCGAAUGCAUCCAGACGUUCCCCAUUACCAACUUUACAAAAGAGAGGCUUGUUAAAAACAGAAGAAUUGCUCCAACUACUAUGUUCUUUCAAAGUGUAUCUUGCACAUAUCUGAUUAAAUGAUCACGUCUUUCUUUCGG